UAAACAGGGUCUGUGUUUGGCGGCGUUGGCAUGCGGAACGUAGAGUUCAUGAAGAAGGAUGACUCGCCGCCCCAGACCGCCAUCAAUGGGCGAGCGUGACACGUGAUGUAACGCUCACGCGCACAGUCACACGUCCCAUGCUCCACCGUGGUGUGCGUCGUUCGCGACGGGCUGCCGUUGUCCCUCGGGCGAUGCUGCUACGUGCGUCGUCGUAGACGGUGGCUGACGAGAAGAGCCUCUUGCUGAGGACGGCGGCGGAGGGAGGUGCUACCGCGUGCGGGUUCGGGAUGCAUGCAAGAGAUAGUCUGAGUCCUGGGGAACUUUGGCCACGUCCCCGCGACUCCUCCCAGAAUCCUGAGCAUCCAGAGAACGUUGCAUGAGCUCCUAGCUGACACAAUCUGUUGUGCAGAGUGAUACAGUCCCGCUCCUCAGCGCGGUCGCGUCGAGGAACGUGUACGAUGGUCGGCACCAUCGUCAUCAACGGCCCGAUCGUAUCUGCGUAUUUGCUUCCGCUUCCUCUACUGAGGGGCAACCCCAGACAACCGUCGCGCAAGUAAAUCCGUCGACAGUUCGAGACCUUUGCGGCGCCAGCCCGACCUGAAGUUCGGAAGUUCCAGAGGCGGGGUCCAGGGGGCUGCCGUAAACGAGCAGCGGUGCGGUGACAUGGAUCCGGACGCGUGGGCAGAAGACGGGCCCUAAUCGCAAAUUUUCUAACCUUUUUCGCUCAGAACGCCGCCUCUCACCUCGGCGCGGCAACAUGUGUGCGAGGUCUCGGUUAACUCGCAAUAUAAGGGGAACCUUGGGGAUGACGGGCCUUAUCGUCCCUUCCCCUCAGCUUUCUUCAUUUGCCCAUUCUCCAACGUCGACAGCAAAACUCCUGCGUUCUCAAUGGCCCAGGAACAGUCGCAGCUACGUCUUCCUGCCUAUCGUGGGUCAUGGCAACGUCGGUACCACCCGUAUCCCCGUUACCAAGUCUCUACGAGGGAGAGAAUCUAUUCCCCGCCAGUCAUGAAUACGGUCGAUUACCGCUACGAGCCGCUGCCGCCGGUGCCCACGUUCCUUGUUACUGUGCCCCUCACUCAGGAGCUCCCGGAAGCGACCAAUCGCCCGGAUUCGCCUACGCUUCCCGAAGACGCCCCUGUCGCAGAAAAUGCGACAGACACACAGGAAACGACCUCUAUGCAGCCCGGACCUUCCAGAAAGGUCUCCGAGCAAGACGACACGAAGAAGUCGCUCGCGACGCGUAUUUACGAUAUCCUCAGCUCGUGGGGGUACGGGGCCGCGUUCGGACAUCUUUUCUUCCUCGGAGGCGCGUCGUUCUACCUGGCACACGGCGAUAGGCACGAAGUCGUCCAGAUUUGCGGACCGAGGAUUGCCGAGCCCGAACUCAUUGAUUAACCCCACCAAUCAUUCUCGAAGCGCAUAGUUUGCCUCAGGUGCACUCC